UCUGUCACGUUUAUAGACAAAGAACUUAGCGUUGUGCAGUUGUCACGCCGCCAUGAGCCGUACACGACGCGUGCAGCCGUGCCUAGCGCUCGUCCUUCUCAUGGCUCUCUGCACGCUCAUGCUGGAGCUCCAAGUCGGCAUGGACAAUUUGUUUGUGGCGUCCGUCGCGCUCUCGGCAACGACGUCGCUGCAACGCCUCAACGAGUCCGAGUCUGCACCGACUGCUGCUACCAUUGAACCCAAUGCGAGUGUCGCGGCGCCGAUCGCAACGGCAGCGCCAACUGCGCUGACGACGACGGCGACAGUAGAGAAGCGAGCGCCAACAACGGAGGCACUUGCACCACCGCCGACGCCAGGCAAACUGGCUUACAUGCUCUACGCGACCGACGCGAUCACUGCGUGCAGCGCCCUCAUCAUGGCCGACAGCAUUCGACGUCUCGGUACACCUGCGUCUGUGGACGUCGCCGUCCUCGUCACGGGCUCGAUCUCCCAACACAUCCACGACGCCCUCACCGCCGGCGGGCUCGUCGUCCUUCCCGUCCCGUCGUGGCGUCAGCCCAGUGCGCCCCACGACACGUGGGUCGAGUCGCUUACAAAGCUGCGCAUCUUUGAAGAGCACGGCUACGAUCGGGUCAUCUACCUCGACUCGGAUGCGUGGCUCCACCGCAAUUUGGACCAUUUGUUCUACCUCGGCGAGGCGGUGUUUUGGGCGCCGAGGGCGUACUGGCUCAACCAGCCGUUCAUCGCGUCGACGCUUCUCGUGGUAACCCCUUCGAACGCUCUAUUUCGUCGUCUCGAGACGACCGUGGCAGAGCACCCGGGACAGGAAAUGUACGACAUGGAUGCUCUCAACACGGCGUUCAAGAACGAGUACGGCAUGCUUCCGAGCCACUACGUGUUUCUCAAUUCCGAAGUCAACAACGACAAGACGUUUGGGUUUGCAUCGGUCGACGAGCGCAUCAACAAGACGUACGUGCACCACUACUCGAUGAUGGACAACGGCGGGUACGGGAAACCGUGGCGCAUGAACCGCCACGUCAUCGCACGCAAGCCCGAGUGGCACCCGCUCUUUUACAAACUCUUUGAAAUGUACUUUGAGCGCCAAGACGCCUUGUGCCACUUUUAACAAGGUCGACUCUAUAUGGCCUGUCGUCUAAACGGACGGACCCUUGA